AUGCAGCAUCACCCCAUAGCCCCUGCUGAUAGCCCAGCAGCUAAACGCGCGAAACGGCCACGCGCCGCGCAGGCCUGCGACCGAUGUCGGCUGAAAAAGUAUAAAUGCGACGAGCAGUAUCCCUGCCUACAUUGCAAAAGGCAAUUACAGAGAGCGCGAAAGCGGCCGGUCUGCAAACUAUGUAACCGAUCUCGAGAAAAGGUCGAGGAGUUGACCUCCAAACUUCGUGCCUCUGAGUCAACACAAGGAGCAUCCCCAAGUGGCCCAGCAGCCGAAACAACACCAUGCUCUAUGCCUAAUACAUCGACUCCUCGGGAAAUCGCAAAAAUACCCGAGACACGCGCAGAAUCAGCCGAGAGCGGCGAGAAUGAAAUCAAUGAGUUCAACCAUCACACCAACGGCACUGAAUUCCACGGGAGUACAUCAUCAGCUGCAAUCAUCGGCCUUUUGAAAAAGGCACGUGAGCCGAAAGGCCAAGAGGAAUCCCAUCCUCUGCCCGGAGAUUAUUCACUCAUCUCCACGCUGCAUAACCCAAGUUUCUCACCAGCUUAUGUCGCGGGACCGGGCCAGAUAUUGUCUAUCGAACAGCAAAACUACUAUUUCGAUCAAGCGCAUAUCUUUAUGAAUGGAUAUUUCGAGAAUAUCCACUUCGUCCACCCGUUCAUUGACAAAGAGGACUUUUUACUGCGCGCCAAUGACCUCUGGUUCAACAGAUCGCGAACUCCAGAGCCAAGCUUUGUUGCACUCUAUCUUAGUAUUCUAUCUGUUGGAUCUUUGGUGCGCGUAUGGGACGAAGGGACCAUAGCUGGACUGGGGCGCUUCGAGUGGAGUCGGAAGCUUUUUGCUGAAGCACAAGUUUACUUGAAUCAUUUGCGAUUCUCAAAUGAUCUUGAAACGGUGCAAUGUCUUUAUGUUAUGGCCAAAGUUUGUCAGAAUGAACUCAAUCCAAACUUGGCCUACAUGUAUCUCGGAUUGGCAGUAAGGACGUGUCUUUCCGCUGGCUUUAAUCGGGAAGUCCCUUCCCCAGGAGACAACGGGCAGCGCUCGGGCUGGAUUUCGAAGACCUGGUGGGGAUUAUUUUCGCUUGAAAUUGAAAUGAGUUUCUCUGUUGGACGACCUGACACUCUCGGCAUGGAUGAGUACCAUAACAGGAGCAUUCCGCCACGCGAUGAUUCCGAGUUCGCCAUCAUUCCAUGGAUGAUUGAUUUUGCUCAGAUCAUCCGACGAGUAUCGGUUCAGAUCUAUCAUUCUCGCAUCUCAUUACAGGAAAAACUGCAGAUUGCCUUGCAGAUUGAGAUGGAGAUGGACCGCUGGCUAGCAAGGCUUCCAGAAAAGAUCAAACCAGACAUUGGCGGCUACAGACUGUCUCGGAGUGCUUUGCGGGAUCCCAAGUGGGCGAGAAGACAACGAUUAGUGCUGGGAAUCCGAUAUUACAAUGUUAAAAUGUUGCUGUUCCGGCCAUUUUUAAGCCACUUCACACGCAAGCUUCGACAUCCUCCAACCGAGUUGGAUCAAACCAUCGACAAAUGCUUGGACUCGGCGAUGAAAACCCUUCAGGUUGUUCACGAUAUCUAUCGGGUUCACACAUUCUUCCGCUGCUGGUGGUACAACACAACAUACGUGAUGUUUGCUACAUCGACACUCCUCCUUCCAAUGUCCAAACUUGGAAUGUCACCCGAGACCAUGCCUUUACUCCGGUCGGUAGAGAUGGGCGUGGAGAUAUUGGAAGCUAUGGAAGAGUCCGUGGUAGCCCGGAAGUCGGUGGAGAUUAUAAGACAGUAUCUCAGGGAUUUCCGAGCUACCGGGGCCCCACAGCCUGGAGAAGAAGUGCCAGCGGUAGACACAGCCCCUGGACAAGGGUUUGAGGUGCCGGUAUGUAAUGCUGAUUACCCUACGAAGAACUCAACUAACGUUGACAGGAAUGGGCCUAUGGGUUCGGCUUCCCGGAUUAUUCUUUCGAGGGAAUUGCGCGACUUUUCGAUGAUGUGGGCGGUCUCCCCAUGCUGGAUGAGUAGUUUCAAGGUUUUAGGGCUGGAUCCUCGUUCCUGGACAUAUUUAUAG